AACCCUUUUUAUAGGCGCUCUAUAUGUUCAGUUAAAAGACUUCAGACUUCCAAACAUUUCUUCUUCUUCUCCCUCUUCUCCUCUUUCUCUCUCUUAAACUCAGACAAUUUCAUUCAUUUUUCUCUCUCUCCUAAAACCCCAACCAAUCAGAACAAACCUUACUUGAUCAUCUCAUCACUUAAAUGGACAGCAGAGGAUGGGGACUUGCCCUUGAAUCAUCAUCACCACCGUCUGAUCUUAAUCACCCGUUUCGUCACAAACUCAACAGUAAUAGUAAUAAUCAGAUGUUUCACGGUCUAGAAUUCCCGGUAAAUCUCCACCGCCGAACAGAAAGUGAUCAUCAAAUGGAAGAAGUCGACGAUGAAAACCACAACAACAAUAACAAGGAAGUUGAUUUCUUUUCUGAUCAUAAUAAUAAGAAGAGUAAUAAUAAUAGUCCUGUACAUAGGUCUUCGUUAUCAGCUGCACCUCAUCUUAUUAAUCAUCGUGUGAAAGAGGAAGCUUCUUCUCGUGAUCAUCAUCAAUCUGCUGCGGUUGAUCAUCCUACAUCUCUCCUCGAUAAUGUUAAUACUGGUCUACAUCUUCUAACCACAAAUACGGGAAGCGAUCAAUCUACGGUAGAUGAUGGUGCUACAUCGGAUGCAGAAGAUAAGAAAACAAAAAAUGAGUUAGUAGUGCUUCAAGCUGAGCUACAACGUAUGAAUGCUGAAAAUCAAAAGUUGAAAUCCAUGUUAAGUCAAGUGAGCAACAACUAUAAUUCCCUUCAAAUGCACUUAGUAACCGUAAUGCAACAACAACAUCUCCGAAAGACCGAAAGUACACAACACGAGACAAGUAUGCAAUCAAAGGUAGAGGAGAAGCAAUCAAUGGUACCACGCCAAUUCUUAGAUUUGGUCACCGGUGCAAACACUGAGGCCGAUGAGCUAACGUCUCAAACUUUAUCGGACGACGGCGAGAGGACGAUCGACCGGUCUAGUUCGCCGUUAAACUCCAUGGAAGUAGCCUCAAGAAUCAAUAAUAAUAAUAAUAAGAUGAUUUCUAAUUAUGAUGAUGUGAAGAGAAUAAGGGAAGAAAGUCCUUCUUUAGGGUCGGAUGCACAAGGGUCUUGGGUGCAAAAUAAGGUGCCUAGAUUGAUGAACAAUGUUAAUGUGGUUAAGGCUACUACUAGUCCUACGGUGGAUCAAACUGCAGCCGAAGCUACAAUGAGGAAAGCUCGUGUCUCGGUUCGAGCUCGGUCCGAAGCACCCAUGAUAAGCGAUGGAUGUCAAUGGAGAAAAUAUGGACAAAAGAUGGCGAAGGGAAACCCUUGCCCUAGAGCUUAUUAUCGGUGCACGAUGGCCGUUGGUUGCCCCGUUCGCAAACAAGUUCAAAGAUGUGCGGAGGAUAGGACAAUUUUAAUCACAACUUAUGAGGGGACUCACAACCACCCGCUGCCACCGGCAGCCAUGGCGAUGGCCUCGACCACGGCAGCCGCGGCAAGCAUGCUCUUAUCGGGCUCGAUGCCGAGCGGCGACGGGCUAAUGAACCCGAAUUUCUUAGCUAGGACCAUACUCCCUUGUUCAUCAAGCAUGGCAACAAUUUCAGCUUCAGCCCCUUUCCCAACCGUUACUUUGGACUUGACCCAUUCACCAAACCCGCUCCAAAUAAGGCCACCAAAUACCCAAGCAACUGGCCCAUUCCAAAUCCCCUUCCCUCCUCCAAAUGCCCAAGUGGGGCCCAAUUUUUUCAACUCAAUUCCUCAAAUAUUUGGUCAAGCAUUGCUCAACUCUAACCACCACAACAACAACAACCAAUCUAAAUUCUCCGGCCUACAAUCUUCCACCCCACAAGCCUUCGACGGGGCCCACUUGCAACACCCUACCCAAAACGCCGCCUUCGCCGACACCCUAAGUGCCGCCACCGCCGCCAUCGCCUCCGACCCGAACUUCACGGCCGCCCUAGCGGCCGUCAUCUCGUCGAUCAUGGGUGGGGCCCGCCCCUCGGCCGAAAACAAUAACAAUGCUCGCGGGAACUCGCCUGGUGGUGGUGCCACUACUAGUGUGAACACGGCUAAUAACGUCACGUCUAGUAGUAGCAUGCAACAACAAUAGAAAAAAGGUUGUUACAAAAGGAGGAAGUUAUACACAAAUGGACACAUAUUAUUCGUUUGAUAAUAUACUUUUAAAAGGCGAAACCCUCGCUCUCAGGGCUCCGGUUACAUUGAAUUAGCUGAACUUUUUUUUUUUAUCAUUUAGUAUUACUUUUUAUCAUAGUAGUGCUUAGGAAGGGGAUAAGGAUCAGGUAAAAACAUGUCCAUACUUUUAUUUUAUUUUCCUAGUAGGUCUUUGAGGAGAAGACUUACAGAAGACACGUUCAUUCUUUUAUCACAUCAUUAUUUUGUUUUUGAAUAAUUUAUCCGAUUUUCGAUAAAUACAUAAUACAAACUUUUUUUCGAGAGAAAAUAAUACAAGUUCAUUUUAUUGUAA